AUGAUUUCCAACAGUCCCGUCAACCGCGCUGCUUCUGGCGCAGCUCCACAAACUGGAGGACCUACCGCCGCCGAUGGCAGCCCUCUCAGUCGCUCGGCCAUGGUCGACACCGACCAAGGAAACGCACAGCACAUCGAUACCGACGCUUUCAUCACGGCCAACAUCCCACAGAUCGACAACGAGAACAUCGUCAAGGACGGUGUCUAUCUCGGUGUAGGCGCUGAUGUCACAGCCGAGAAGGGCCAGCGCGGUCUGACUUCGUCGCACAUCAGCGCGAUGCAGGACGAGGCAUUGACAGGCAACUUCUACUUGCCUGCCGAAGGUGGCAAGAAGCCUGUCACUGCGGACGGAGGUGAGGACGAGGACGGAGAGGAUGAGGAAGACAAGGAAGACGCGGAGGAUGAGGACCGUGGUACAGCAGCUGUUCUCCAAAAGAGAAACGACAGCGCCGCUGCUCGUCGUGCUACUAUCGAAGACGACUCGGAAGGGAGUGACGAGAACGAGGACGAGGCAGGCGACGUUGCUACACCUAUCAGAACUAAAGCCAACACCAACCCACCCAAGCAGGCUGCUCGUCGUGUCUACACCGAGAGUAGGGGCGAACGCUUCAACACUGCCUGGGUCGACGAGCACCCAGACGAAGACUACACCCACAAGGGCAAGGGUUGGUGGGCUCGAGGUUUGCCCCAGCCGGGUGACAACGCGAAGAGCGGCGUGAGGGGACCGGGCGCGGCCGCCUGGAAGGCUGUCAACACGGGCAAGAAGUGA